AUGCUGAAGGCGGGCGACGCGGACAAGUUGGAGAAGUUCGAGCACACCUUCCACAAGGGCUUCGGAAACCGCCACAAGAGCAUUCGGAAGCUGACGGGCCGCACCGGCGACCGAUUCAGGCAGUUGGACGUCGUGGAUAAGUUUCACGAGAGCAAGCGUCGGGUGCUGCGUCGACAGCUGCAGGGCGGUGUGCACUCGACUCCGCUCGGAUACUACAACUUGGGAACGCCGGUAUUGCCAAAUACUUUGCUGUUUGUGGCCAUUGUGUGUUCAUGCCAUUUUUGUUUUGCCCAAGCGAACAAUGCAAAUGCUUUUGCAUUGCCGUUAAUGUAUGAUCCAAACGCAACUUGCAACAGGUUCCAGCCGGCGUUGUCGCAAUGCCUUCCCCAGCUGCCACGGGUGCUCCAGCUUCGCCGCCACCGUCCUACGUUCACGGUUUAGCGACCGCCUGGCAAGCUCAAACCAGCUCCCCAAAGCCGGUUCCGCUCUCCACGGAUGCCACCACCCCGAUGCCGCUGGCUUCGCCGCUCGCGGGGAAUCGAACCACCCCGGUCACGAUCCACAGUGUGAUGGACCAGCAGAUGUUCGACGGCAGCGACGGCACGUUCAAACCCAUCUUUUACAUGGACUCGCACCCGCGUCCGCACGUGCCCAUGAACACCAGCGCGGACCCUUUCAACACGGAGAUCUGCGUCACCUACGAAGCAAACUCGGCCACCCACGCCCCCGUCACCGAGUGCAUGAACGCGAUGCCCUGGGAGCCGGAUGUGAUGGGCUACCACCCGAGUUUGGUGGACGAUCACCACGCGGGUACCGUCCACUGCCCAACGGACAACGGGUACGCAGACACAUCCUACGCUGCGUCCAUGGCCAACAUGCCGGAAGGCGCGACGAACUUCAUGCAGAACACCCCGGAGGGGUACGCGUGCUUCGAGGGCAUGGUGAUGCCGGACUUCGCGAUCAAGGAGCACGAAGAGGAGAUGAGUGGACGCCACACCACCGGCGAAGUCCUGCAUGAGGUGUGCCACGAAGCGCCGAACCCGUUCGGCCCGGACCUGAUGAUGGAGCUCGAAAACUUUGCGUACGAACACUUCACCGAGGUUUGUUACUGUCCGGAAAAAUGCCCGGAAACCGCGUGUGGUGGUUUUCCAACAAUCGCCGACCAGAUGCUGCACCAGCUGCAACUCGCGUUUUCAGAGCCAGGCCACUUCAAUGAGAUGGAGGUUCGGGAGCCGCGGUUGCUGGCCCACUUGCAUCAUCUCCAGACCCGGUUGUCGACCUCCCCAGGCGUCCAAGACCGUGCGCACGCGGCUGUAACGGCAGAGAAGUACGGCGGGCACAGCCUGGCGGAGGCGAUCACGUUCGGGAUCGCGUCCGGGGACAUCAUGCCCAUGAUCGCGAAGGCGGAGGACAAGGGCGGGGACGUGUUCGACCAGAUCAAGCGGUACGCGAGUCGGGACCCGACCAGCCCGAGUUUGACGUUCGGCGAGAUCAAAUCGUACUACGAGGACUGCAUGAAGUCCCAGCGGCCGCCGGGCGUGGCGGUGGAGGUCUGCGAGCUGCUGGACAAGGUGAAGGACAUCAUGAUGCAGAAGAUGAGUCCGAACAGCGACAUCCCAAUGUCCGCGACGGUGUCCCGUACUGAGAUGAUGCUCGCAGUCGCGCAAGUCGAGCCGGGUCACGAGCCCGGCAUGCCGAUGGGCGAGAGCAUGGCGGCCGGGGAUUACAUGUGCUCGCAGUUGAUGCACGGCGGAUCCGGCUGCGUCACCGCAGACUGCAUGGAGCACGCCUUCUUCGAGCAGUCGCGCGGUGCGGCGACCGUUCCGAAGGACGCUCUGUACCUGCCCGGAACCGAGGCGCAAGCGAUUCGCGCGGAGCGCGCCCCGAUGCUGGACAUCGAGAAGCGCGAGCACCAGGAGCGGAUGGAC